AAAUGAUAGGGUUCCUGCUCCACUGGGAAAUACAACAGUACAGUGUUGUGUUGCCACCCCUAAAAGUGAAUCAGGAGAGCUACUUCUAAUAUACCUUAAUACAUUCAGUUAAUACAGUACUGUCAGUUAAGGAAGUUUUAUUCACCUUUAAACAUUGGAACGUUUUUUAAAAAUAAACAUGUUUUGGUUUCUCGUAGUUAUCAGAUGUAAAUUGCCUUUACAUUGCAUUUCAUUUCCACCUGUUAGAGUCUGAGGUUAUGAUGAAGAGCCAGGUAGCGCUCCUUUAUGUCCUGAUCAUUAUGAGUGAAGGAUCAGCCCAAAGCCUGAAACCCCGUCGGAGCGUUUCCUUCUCAGAUGUUAACCUGAAGCUGUUUAAGGAGCCUGACUUUGACGGUUUGAGCUCCAUGCUGGUGAGAGAAGACAUCGGUCUGCUCUUCAUCGGAGCCAGAGGAAAGGUCAUCACGCUCAGUUUGGAUGACAUCACUGAGAAGACCGGCGAGACUAACUGGAUGGCAAGCUCUGAAGACAAAAUCGAGUGCCAGAGGAAAGGCAAGAGCAUCGAGGAAUGUGACAACUACAUCAGGAUGAUGCACACUCUGGAUGAUGGCAGAAUUCUGGCUUGUGGAACCAAGGCAUUCGAACCUACCUGCACACACCUGAUGGUCAACGAAGGACAUAUCACCAUGGAGAACACAACUCACAGUGGGAAAGGGAAAAUUCCCUUUGACCCCGAAGAAAAUUUUGCCUCCAUGAUGAAUGGUUGGUGCAACACUUUUUAUCCCAGGCCUAAUGAUGUUUCGCUCAGUGUCUCAGUGCUUCCUGGUCUGGAUUCAUCAUGUCUUAUGUUCUUGUGUAAAUUGGUCUGGACUCCUUAUGUCGUGUGUCCUGUGUGGACCGUAACAGUUCUUGACCAAACAGCAGGUGUGCAUCGAGAAAUGUCAUCCUAUGAAAUGUUUAGUUGUUCUCCUACGUCUCCAUGGUCGUACGUUUACUUAGACCUACAUGAAAUAUCAACCAGUGAACCUGCACUGUUUCUACUUCCCAGAUUGCAUUCUCAUCUUGAUGCUUCAAAGCCUUAAGAGCAGAAAAAGUUAGCACUGUUUAGAUCUAUCAGCUUCUGAAAGCCAGAAAGCUACUUUUAAACUUAGCUAGGCUUUUUAUUAGUUCA